AUGGAUAUUUAUGAACACAGAACACUAAAUGGACGUAUAUGUUGUGGUGAACGUUUUGAUGAUCUUAAAGAUGUGGUCAGGUGUUACAGCCACUGUUUAUAUAACUGUAAGGUAGAAGUCCAUAUUCUAACUUCAGUGUUUGUUUUAUUCAGUGAUACAGAUUCAGAUAGUUCAUCAACUACAUCUUCUUCCUCUUCACAUUCUCCUUCAACAGUAUCUGAUGAUGAUGAUCAUCCAAGUGAAAAGGAUAACAGAUCUUACAGUGUUAAAACAAAAGAUGAGUUGCCUCUUGAUGAACUGCCUCCUGUUGAAGACUUAUCAGUAAUACUGCCUAAUGAGGUUGAACUGAAGCUCUUUGGGACAGUUUCAAGCAUUAUUGGACAGCUGGUAAUAAUUGAAUCUCUGAGAGGUCUACCUCCAGUAAAUGAAGACAGCAUAAUUUUUAAAGAAGAUCGGCAAGCAGCAGGAAAGAUAUUUGAGAUAUUUGGUCCUGUUUUACAUCCCUUUUAUGUGCUGAGGUUUAACAGCUCUGAGCACAUCAAAGCGAAAGGUAUUAAUGUGCAAGACAGCAUGUAUUUUGCUCCGUCAGUGGAGGACUUCACCCAGUAUGUAUUUGCAGAGAAACUAACGCAGGAAAAAGGGUCAGAUGCAUCUUGGAAGAAUGACCAGGAACCACCACCGGAGGCAUUGGAUUUCAGUGAUGAUGAAAAAGAAAGAGAAGCAAAACAAAAGAAAAAGAAGCCUCAAAAUCAAAUAAGGAAGAAACUGAAAUCAGAAACAAAUGAAUCAAAUGAGAAUAAUGGAUUUCAUCAGUCAAUGCAACAGCCUGCUUCAAAUUACUCAAGGGGAUACCAUGGCAGAUCAAGGGGUCCAUUUCCUCCUCGAUCAGCACCUCCGGGCUUUUUGAGAUCGCAAGCAAGACCUCCACAGCUAUAUUCUUCAGACAGCAGAAUGCAUCAGGAGUCUCCAGUGUUUUCACAACCUCAUAGAAAAGAAAAUCCAAUGAUGCAACAGUAUGCCUAUCCUCCCUUUCCUCCUCCUCCAGUUUUUGGCUCUGUUAAUGAAAUGCAUCACCUUCCACCUUCGAACCUAAAUAUGCUUUGGACAGGCCCAAACAUGUACAACCCAUCAUACCCAUUUUUGCCGCCGCCUCCACCGCCUUCAGAUAGCAAUCCAUCUCAGUUCAGGCCCUACUAAGUUUUCAUGAAAAUCUGUACAGAGAGUUGCGGUUUAUAGGAAGGAAGGAAAGGCUGUCAAGACCUCACUCCCAUAUUUUGGAGAUGCUUCUGUUUUCUGCAUGAAUAGAACAAACCCAGAGCUGUGAUGCCUCGUGGGACACUGAAAGAAAAUUAUUUUUUUGAGUAUCUGUUUUUUGCUUUAGAAAGUAUGAUAAAAAUAACCAAGUAUUAAAUAAUGGUUUAUUUUUAUAGUAUCUGCAAGGUUGGAUGAUAAAUAAAAAAUCUUUCAGAAACUGGUAUGUAGUGGUUGAAAUUUGUUUUGCAAGAAAUUAAAAAGGUUAUGUAAAUACUGUCUGAUAGUGAUGAUAUUUGGCCUAGAUGGUAUUUGAAUAUUUUUAGAUCAGUUGUAUGUUGCUGUGCUAAACCAUCAUGCCUAUAUGUAACCAUCAUUCAAUUUAUGUAAACUUUGAAAUUUAUGUAAAUCAUGUGGGAAAUACCACUGUUAAACAGGACAAACUCCUGUAGCCCACAUUUUAGUUAGUAUGAAAUUAAUGAACUAUUAAAGGGUUAAAGCUGGAUGGCCUGUCUUAAGUAGAUGGAGUAACUGAGGUCUGAAUUUGGAUCAGGAGCCAAAUUACUCCCACAAAUUUAGUACUAUGUGGUAGGUAGAGAAGAACAAAACUAAGCUAUGGAUUAGAUGUUUUAAGUUAAUUUUAGCAUGUAAAACUGCAUGGCUUGGAAAAUUCAGCCAGGGCAAUUCUGCUAGCUGCUUUUUUGCUGCUAGUGGAGGAAGGCUCAUAGAUUCAUACAGUAGGUUUUCAACCUUUCUAGAAAGAGAUCAUUAGACCUGACAGGGGGAGAAUGUAUGUCAUUUCAGAACUCCCUUGUUUAAUUUUGUAUCCAAAAUGCAGGUAGAACUUGAUUGCUGUAAAAACUUUACAGUCAAAACUGUCUCUUCUAAAAGAUCAAGGUCCAUCAGUUUUCAACAAGGAGGGUGAUGGGGGGUGGUGGAAUUAUCAAGCAGAGAGCCUGGAGCAAGCUUCUCCUGCCAAAAGGGUUAGUCUUACAAUUGCACUUUCUCAAUCUCCAAGAAAGUGACUCAGACUGAUUUACUAGUAUGGAAACUCUUUACCUUGCAUGAAGAGGGGAAAAAAAUAGUUUGGGGGGGAAGGGGGCUGAGGGAGUAGUGACAUCUCAGAGAUGAUUUUCUUACUGAGGAAUCAUUGCUAGUGCCACAUGAAGUCAUGCAAUUGAAGAGAAUUGUCAUUAAUAGAAGUAUGUAGUAAGUAUUUUUAUUCUCAAACUCUUACCAGUGUCAUUAGGUUCUUUGAGUAUG